AUGGCAACCCCUGUAUCGAUUGAAGAGUUCUUGGAACCCUUAUCUGUCGAUAUUGACAAGAUCAAUCGACUAUCCCAGCUGUUUCUCAAGACAUUUGAGAAGCUUGCCGCUGGCUCCGAGAACCAGUUCUUACCUACGCCCAUAUCUGAAGCUAUCUUACGACCAGAGGCGAAGCGAAAACAAGGCUGCCACUUAGCCAUAGACAUAGGCGGCACAAACUUGAGAGUGGGUUUCGUCCAACUCGGCAACGAAGCCGCGUCAUCUGACCAAGCCAAUGGCCAUAUCACCAACGGAUCCGAUGACAGUUCUGCCACGAGACAUGUGAGGAGGCUUUUGGAGAAGUCCUGGCCCAUCGAUGAACACCUCAAGAACGAAAAUCCGGAUAGUCUCUUCCUUUGGAUUGGCAAAUGCAUUGCUGAGGUAGUCCAAGACGGAUGUGAUACGCUGCACCUACAAAGCGACCAAACAUUGCCUCUUGGUGUUACCUUUAGCUUUCCCAUGGUGCAGCACUCACUCUCCCAAGCUACACUCAUGCAAAUGGGUAAGGGAUUCGCCAUUUCCCCCGACCAGGAUCUGGGUGACCGCCUCACCGAUGGAUACAAUCGUGCAAAGUCACACGAGCUACCGCCUAUUCGAGUCGAGGCAAUUGCCAAUGACUCGGUGUCGACACUCGUCUCAUUCAUCUUCAACUUCGAUGAAGCCUUGAAUCGACGUGCUGCCAUGGGUCUUAUUCUCGGAACGGGCUGCAAUGCAACGAUUCCAUUGAAGCUGAGCCAGCUGAACCAAUCCAAACGCCCAAAAAGUGUUGUUGCCCGACCGGAGGAGAGGGUAGAGGAUGUCAAGAUUGCGAUCAAUACUGAAUGGAGCAUCAACGGUACUGCACCUCCCUUACACGAAGUUGGGCUGGUUAGCCAAUGGGACAAAACAUUGGACAUUCAAGGUGAAUUGAAUGGCUUUCAGCCACUCGAAUUCAUGACGGCAGGCCGUUACCUGGGCGAACUCGGACGAAUUAUGCUGGUCGACUACUUGACGGAACACUUGGGUAUCGCUGCAGAAACGUUGCCUCAAAGCCUUCUGCAACAGCACAACCUUACAACAACGUUCUUGAGUCACUUCAGACCCCUCCGACCCUCGGCUCUUGUCGCCAUGCUACAGCAAGAAUUCCCCGAAUCGACAGGAUCACCACCGUUUGAGUGGACCGAGGACCUUGCCACGGCAGUAUAUCGAAUUGCCAAGGCCAUUGAGGUUCGAGCGGCUGGUAUUGUGGCAGCAGCCACACUGGCUUUGUUGACAUUGGCCGAGGAAGUUCCAGGCGAAGGGUCAAAGACAUUGGAUCGGGAUUACGAACUCGGUGUAGGUUACACGGGGGGAUGCAUUGUUCACUUUCAGGAUUACCUGCAGGAUUGCCAGGACUUUUUGGACCAGCUCCUGCGCGAACGAUUCGGCGAGGCGAGCCCGUUACGAGUCGUACUCAGCCCGUGUCACGAUGGAGGCGUCACCGGAGCGGGCAUUCUUGUAGCUGCAGCGUCUCAGAGCAAGACGAUUGAAUAG